AUGGCGACUAUUUACCGCGUUGGCGAGCGAGUUGACGGCUUGUACGAUGAAAAUACCGACGACAUGUGGUAUCCAGGGCGAAUACGCAGCGUUCAUCAAGGUGAGAGCGUAGACGGCGACACUUUUGAAGUGUUAUAUGACGACGGAGAGGUCGAGACGAAUGUUCGUCCUGAAUUCCUUCGCCAGCACGUAUCUGGCACCAUUUGUGUUGGAACUCGCGUGUUAGGUCGAUACGACGGCGGAGAGGAAUUUUACUCCGGCCAGAUUUCUGACGUUCAGGAAAAUGGAAAAUAUACCAUAGCGUACGAUGAUGGAGAAGUGGAAGUGGACGUACCGAUAGAGUACAUCAUGGAGCCCAAGGAAGAACCAGACGAAGCAGCAGAGAACGAGGAAAAAGUUCCAAGUAGCACUUCAACUAAUGCACCCAAUGAGCCAGAACAACAGCAAGAUAUUGAAAUGGAGGAGCCUCAAGAUUUUCCUAGUGAUGCACAGGAAAAUCAAGAAAGUGAACCGAAUGAACCGAAGGAUUCCGAACCAGAGAGGUUUUUUUACUCUACUAAUAAACAAGAGCCGUACGUGGAUCCACCCCAGCCUGCCCAUCAUAACGAAGAGGAUUCAGAAGCAUCGUCUACAGAAGUAUCUGCAGAGCGUGUGUACAUCAUCGACUCGCUUGAAUUACUGGAGAAACGACUUGGUGAUGCAGCGUCUGCGAAAUCAGUUCUUUCCACGUUGGUUAAGCACAUGCGGGCGUAUCCUCAAGUCACCGCAGACUUGGUGCAUGAACGCGGUGGCGAACGGUUGAUCAUUGACGCGCUCAAGUGUCAUCAGUCACAUGCUGUUAUCCAGUGUUACGGCUUCGUUUUGCUACGCAGACUCUGCUUCUUGUGUGUGAAGAGCACGCAUUAUCUGCUUCGUAAUGGGAUUGUGGAGUUGGUGAUCCACGCCAUGAACGCGUUCGCAGAAGAUGCUAUUCUGCAGGCCUCAGCUUGUGGAGCGCUAGCUGUAUUUACGAGGGUUCACGCUGGUCUGAAUAGUCUCAUCGAGUUCCAAGUGGCUCAGUUGGUAUUGUCUACUCUCAUUUACCACAAAACCUACAGUGUUCACACACGACAAGUGCAUUAUUACGGAUGUGAAGUUUUACUGGAGCUGUGUGAGUUGGACGACUUGCAGACUCUGAAUUUGCUGUGUGGCGAACAGGAGGAGAAGUUUACAGGCGACAUGUCUCCCAUUUCGCUUCUUCUCUUCUUGUUGCGUCAAGGUCUUUCACUCGAUGACAAGAAAGCUUGCUGUGCAGUUGGCAGUUUACUCAUGUGCUUGGCAGCUAGUGGCAAACGCGCGGCUGCUUCAAUAUUGACUCUUAACGGAUUGUCUGAGCUUUCAACUGUCAUGGCAAGGUACCCAACCGAGCCGAGUAUUCAGAAGUAUUCAGCUGCUGCUUCCAAGCAGAUUGCGCUGUGCAGUGUCCGACAAUCGCCAACAAAGAGAAUCAAGGACACAGCUAACGAGAUUUUACGAGAAACCGAGUCACUAGAAACCCCAGUGGAAAAGGCCCACACAAAGAGAGCUGUUCCCAGACGUUUGACAGGCGCUGGAAAGCGAAAGACCAAACCUUCCAGCGGCUAUGGGGCUUCAACUCACUCACGUGGUACUGCGUACAGUUCAAGUACGCCUUAUCGAAAUACUCAAGCGUUCUCCAAAGCUUCGUCUCCAUGCGUACAAGCUGGUGAUAUCAACUCUUUCAGCUACUCCGCACCUCAGCCAAGCAGUCUGGUCAUUCUCGAUGGUGGUUUUGGCAGCGAUAGUGGCUUCGGGUCGACCAAUAAACGCAAGCAGUCAAGAGAAGACCGACAAACGGAGCUCUUGGAAGCCUACGGGGUCCACGGAAUCCCCAGUAAUAGUAGACAGUAUGGAACCAAGCGACGACAACUACGAGCACAUCUUGCAUCUGCCGAAUCAACGUGGGCAGCACCUCACCAGCAUCUUCCGUCUACCAUUAAACCCCUAUCUAGUCGAUCGAGUCAUUUAGACCACGAGUCUGAAUACUCACAAGGGGAUUUCAUACCGAAUCGACAGACUAGGUGGGAAUACGCUGAGAACUCGACUUAUGAGCCUCAAGUCAGACAGCCACGAGGUGCCAAGAGGAAGAAGAAAAAUCCAAGUGCUCGCACUGCGUUCCAAGUGAAAGUCGAGAGUGACAACCAGUUGCUGGUUUCCAGGGAGACACAUGCGUCAUAUCCGUCACCUCAGCGCUUGGGUGCAGCUACGAAGAGAGCGGCGAAGGCUCGUCAGAAGCGGAUCUCGGCUUCAAACCACUCGUCAUUGACUGCGAGAUCCAACAAUCCGUCGUCCGAAUCUUUGAACGAGUACGCGACGCACUUGUUUCAAGAUAGUGCUGCUCGUGGAGGAACGAACUACAUGACAAGCUCCAGAUUGACACCACGAGAGAAAGAAGAGAUAAGAGAGCGCGAAAGGCUCAGCUUUGCUGAAAAGUUACACAAGAUGAUUGACAAAGCGAAGUCGAGCCUGGCAAAUGGCAACACGACGUCAAUGCCUGUUGACUCUCUGUCGCGUCCACAGACGUCGAGUGCAGGUUCAAAAUCUGGAAGAAAAACACGAGAAGUGUCUGUUAAAUUCUCGGAUGAUACGCGUCCGAAGGCGAAGAAGACGCGCACAACGGUUAGCAGUACUCCAAAUCAAUUCAAAGACAUUUCUACACCCCGAGAAGCAGUAGAAACAAGACCUGCAAAGCCGAUUUCGGAAUCGAGUAAGCGUGUGGAUGCUCCUUCAGUUCCUGCGGUGUCACGACCAAAGCCUAUCAUUUCUCGAACUAUUGUGACUCCAAAGGUAUCUACUGAUCGGAAGCCUCGAGCUGUUGCGAAGACAACCAAGCCUGCUCCGACUAAACCUACUGCCAAGCAGGAAGAUGAGAAGUCUCAAGAAUCUGUUGUGGAGCCCAAACCUAUCGAAAUUGCUCCGGCCAUCGACAUGCCAGAGAUUAAUGAACCACGUCAAGAGGAAGUCGAUGUUGUUGCAGCUGAACCUGUGCAGAUCCCAGCUCCCUCUAUUCAAGAAAAUGCUGUGCCAGAAGAAACAAAACCCACGGAGCAGGUAGAACAAGAGGCCUCUAACGCAGAGGUGGAGGUGGAUGCCAUACCACCGGUUGAAGCGGAUACCGCUGAGAAUAAGGGUGCUAUUGCUGGAGAUCUACAUGGCACUGAUGCUGGAGAGAAGGUUAUUGAAGAAGAACCAGCUGAGGAAGAGACUGUCAACGCUUCAGUGGAUAGGCCAGCAGCGACAGAAGAAGCCGCACCGGACACUACUGCAGACGCUAAACUAUUGCCUGAAGAUGCUCAGCAAUUGAGUGAGUCUCCGCUCGAAGAACCCAGUGCAGCGGCAGAGCCUACAGACAAUCGGUCGAGUGGAGAUAGCGCAGUAGUUGAUGCUAUGUAUGGUGAUGCGUUUAACGAGUUUGACGACAAUGGAGGGGAUGAGGAGGAGAUGACAGCUGAAGUUGAAGCCGAUGCAGACGAAACUCUGAAUCCUCCGGCGGAUAUGCACGCGAGUAAAAGUGGCGAAGCUCUGUAUGAUGAUGGCUACGACGAUUUUGAUGAGGACGAGGCGCAGGAGGCCGAAGCUGAAGAUGCGCCUAUUGCAGCUGAAGUUGUUGAGAAUCAAGAUGAAGAGCCAACGAAUACUCAACCGACUGAGAUUGUAGCAGAUCCCAUUGUUGACUUGCCCGGCACGGAAGAUAAACAGGUAACAGAAGAGGCCACUCCUCUUCCUGUAGCAGCAGCUGAAGAGACUCCAGCUUUCGCUGAACAAAGUGAAGGAGAUGAUAAAUCCCUGCUUGGUGCCAAUGGGGACGAAAAAGGUGACGGCGGUGCUGUUGAUCCAUCGGGUGGAGAUGACUUCAUUCCUAGCAACGCCGAAGCAGAGCAGGAACCUGUGGACGUGGAUACUGAAGCAGAGGAUCACGCACAUGCUGAUCAAGUAGUUGUGGUUGCUGAUGACAACGUCGAUACUCCUGCAGAUAAUGCAGUAGAAGGCGUCCCGGAUGGAGAAGAAGCCGAGGGUGUCAAUGUGCUAGAGGAACCUGGUGUAGACGUUGCUAGUCCUACGUCGGCGACUGAACCAGUUGAAGCUGAAAAUGUAGUGGACGACACUCAGCCAAGUACUCAACCUGAGGACGAUACGUCAGUACCCUCUCCUCCGAAUGAUCCAAUGAUUUCAACGGAACCUGCUACUGAAGAAGCAACAGCAAAUCCAACCCAACCCCAGCAAGAUGAGGAGCAGCCGACGGAAGAGGCCAAUGUUCGUCCAGUUGAAUCCCUUGAAAGUGAUAAUUCAGCGCCUCCACCUGACCAAGACGAGGAAUCCAAGAAGAUGUGUACGGAUAGUUCCGCUGUUAGUGUUCAAUCUGCCGCGUACGAAGAGGACAACUUCGACGAUGAAGAGAAGCAUCCAGAAGUUGAGACAAGUGAAGCAGUUGAGGGAAUUCCUGUCACUGCUUCAACUGAAGAACCAGUUGAAGGGACCGACCAACAACAGCAACAACAAGAGGCGUCAGAUAAUGCCGCUUUUACUGAAGGGGAUAAGUCUCCAGACCCGGUUAGUAGUUCUGCCCAAGAAGAGAACGAAUCGAAGACACUAGCUGGUAAUAACUCCGAGUUAAGCGUUCACUCUUCUGCCUACGACGACGAGGGUUUUGACAAUGGCGAACAAGAUGCACCUGUUGGUAAUGCGGAGAAUAAGGUUAUUGAACAGGAACGAAGCGGUGAUGAAGUGACUGAGAGCGCUACGAUAGAUACACCAUCCGAGUCUGAUGCACCAGUUGAUGAUGCACCCACUGCACCAGAACAUGGCGAAGAUGUCAAGCCAGAGGAAACGGCAGAAGAUGAUAAAGCUACGGCUUCAGCUGAGACCUACAGGGAUGAAUAUUUUGAUAACGCCAAGGAAGAUGACGCAGUGAAAGAAGCAGCCGAGUCUGUGAUGUCUGAGACAGUGGAAGAGCCUUCUGAACCGCAGCAACCAGAGACUCCCAAGUCGGAGGUUGUAGCGGAUCCUACGUUGGCUGGAACAGAACCUGAGGUACCUGAUACAAAGGGUCAAGAGGAGACUCAAAAUGCUCAAGAACCAGUGGUUGAUGAACCUGGUGCGACCAACGAAGAUGCACAAGCGGAGAAUACCACGCCCAAUGAUAGCGUUGAUGUUCCUGCUACAUAUGAUGAGGACAACUUCGAUGACGAGGAACCCCAUCAAGAAGCAAAGUCAAGUGUAGCAGAGGUCGAUCCUGUAGUCGCUCCAGACGAUGAAGUGGCCGAGCAACAAGAGCAAGAAGGUGAUACCUCAGACAAUACUGAAGCUACUCAGAAUCCUACUGAAAGCUCCGCUGAUCCUCCAGAAGCUGAGGCAGCAGAAACGGCCGUUCCUUCAGAUUCUGUGGUUCGGCAAGAGGAAGACGAAUCCCGGGUUACCAGUGCACAACCCGAAACUUACGAUGAUGAUGAGUUUGACAAGGGUACAGAGGAAGAAGAAGCAGCACCAGCUAACGAUGAGCCCUCGAAAUAUAAAGACCCAGAUAUCGUUCAGUCGGAACAGCCCAGUGACGAAGCGGUUAAUACUGUAGCAGCAGCGACCAAUAAUGCUGACGCGCCUGUCGCAGUGGAAGAGGUCGCACCUGAAUCUGAACCACAGACAAAUACUCAUCCAGAGCAAAGCUCAUCUGACGCUGCGGUCGAUUCGAGUAUUGUGCCCGAUGUAGUGAACAACUCUGUAUCAGGAGUGAAGCCUGAGCCUGAAGUAGCGACUGAAAAUCCGUCUGUGGGUGUUGGAGACCAAGUCGAGUCACCUGCAUUGGAUGAGGCUAACAUAGAUCCAGCAUCUGAUAAAGUGGAUAACCCCGUACUGGAAAUGACACCGUCCGAACCGCAGCCUGCUACCCUGGAUGAGCAGCCUAAUGAUCAAAGUGACUCGACCACCUUUGGAGAUAAACCCGAUGCAAGCUCCAAUGCUCCAGAUAACGAACAGGCGGAGAAUGUACCGGAACCUGAAGCUCAGUCGGAUAAACCAGUUGAGGUUGAUGAAAAGCCUGACCAAGGUGCGGAUUACACGCAGGGCGAUGACGUCUUUGAUGAAGACUCUUCAGAGUCCAGAGCUCCGGACAAUGCCCUUGUAGAGGCUGAUACUUCAGCAAAACCCUCGGUAGAUGCUACACAAGAGGAAACACAGUACGAAGGCGCAGACUUUGUCGAUGCAGAGAACGAUGCAUCUGCAUUGAAAGACGUGGCGCCUGAGAAUGAGCCUAACGCAGAUGAAGCCACGGCAGCGAACAGUGCGAGACCAGAUGAUUCUUCUCCUGCUCAGGCUGAGGAGACUGAACCAGUGAAUGACGGAUCUGCUGUACCAACAAACGAUACCACGAAUGAUGAAGCUGAUGAUCUGCCUGCUACAGUCCAAGUGGACAGAGGCCCAGUAGAGACGCCUGAAACAAUACCAGACGCUAUUGACUCAGCUGUAGGGACAAACGCUCAUGCUUCUUCCAGUGUGGAUCAAGAUACUAGCGAUGAGGUAGCAGGAGAGGCCGUGACUAAAGAUGAACCUCCAAUGUCAAGUUCAGACGCCACAGCAUACGAGGAAGACUUCCCUGAUGAUAUCCCUCCGGAAAUGAACGAGACAGAAGCAAAAGAUGCUACUGCAGUCUCAACCGAGAGUGAAGCCGUUAAUAAUGACGGUACUCCGGUAGCAGCUGAAAGUCCUACGGUCAAUACCUCAGACGCGAGGGUCGAUGAUUCACCACGACCUUCUGGUAACGUUGACGUAGCUGCUGAUUCACCGAGUGAUGAGCACUAUGACGAUGGCUUUGACGAGGAGAAUAUUGCUCCUGCCAUUGAUGCGAGUGAACCUAGUAAUGGGGGUGACGAGGCGGAACCUGUCGUCACUGCAGAUACUUUCGCUUCCGAAAGCGGUUCUGCUGUAGAGACUCCGGAGGAUAAUAUCGUUGCGGGAGACGAUCAAGAUGAAGCUGUCAACGAUGAUCUCGCCUCUAAAUUAGCUGAAAGUGCCGCACAAGAUCAAGUUGAAGUAAAGGCUGAAGAGUGCGAUAAUGCGAACACAGCUGAAGCGGAGCCAGUUGAAGCUCCAGUGGCGAGUGAACAAAUUGCGACAGAGACUAAAUUCGUAAAACCCGAGAUUGUCGAGACUGUUGGAACCGAGAGCGCGGAGCCUGUUCCAGUGGAGUCUGAGACUGUUGAGUCGGAGAGUGUCGAGCCAGAAGCUGCCCAGACUGAAACUGUGGAGAUGCAAUCUGAUGUUGUCGAGCAUGAAGCACCAGAAGCUGCGGCUGUGGAACCGGGCAUUGAUUCCCAAACCGCAGAGCCAACUACUAUGGAGCCUAACGCCGUUGAGUCUGAGGUUGUUUCACCAAAAGCUACAGAGCCUGAUGCUGUCGAGACUGAAGCUGUAGGAGCAAAGGUUACGGGUGACUCGGUUCCAACGGAGGAGACUUCGAUCGCUAACCCCGUUAUUGAAGAACCUACCGCAUCGGAAGCUAACCAAGACGAGCUUUCUGAAGAAGCAGUUAUUGCCGAGCCUGUUGUGAGCGACGGUGGAGAUUUACCUUCCACUAAGGCAGCCGUCGAACCUUCGGUGGAUACUCCGACAGAUACCAACCAUCAGGCUACAAAAGACCCAGUACAAACAGAGGAGAUGUAUACGAUAGAAGAUGUCGUUGACUCGAGUCCAAAUGAAAAGCCCGUCGAGGACACGACCACCCUUGCCGUUGAUGCACUUGCAGCCGAAGUCCCUGCCGAAGUAACUUCAGAUGAGCCGCAAGAGCCCAUUCAGUCGGAGGCUGAGAACAUACUAGAACUUGCUGAAUCUGCAUCCCCAGCUGACGUUGCUACAGUUGCCGACGAUGUAGUUGAGCAAGAAACAGCAGUUCAGUCCAGCGAAGUGGCCAAAGAAGACGUAGCCGAAGUGAGAGACGCAUCAACUCCAGAAUCAAACGAGCCGAUCACAUCAACUGAAGAAGCUCAACAGGACCAAGAACCUGACUACACAGAAGCUGAUGCCCCUGCUGUGGAACCCCCGAUCGUUAUGCCGGAUGAAAGCACGUCAAUAAGCGAAGUGAAGCAGGAAGAAAGCCCCGUUGUCGCCGAAUCCUCACCAGAAGAGCCUACGAAACGGGAGACAGCAGAGGUUGCUGAAGCUGCAGAAGAAUUGGCAGUUGAAGCUGAACCACCUCAGCCUGAACCUGCCGAAGAUACGCCUCGCGCUGCUAGCGAGGCCGACGACCAGUACGACGAUGACGAAGCCUACAAUGAGUUCGAUGAUCAGGGGAACGAGGCUCCAAUCUCUGUCCCCAGCGUCGAGGUCCAAACGCCAGCCGCACCUGUCGCGACGGAAGCACCAGCUACUGAAGAUGAGUACGAGAACGAAAGAAACGAAGAGUUCGAGAACGACGAAGAGUACGAACACGACGACUACGGUGAAGAUGAGAUGGCGGCUGAAACUCCACGUACAGAUCCCGUGGUGCCACCUAUGGAGCCCCAGCCUCCAGUUUCUGCUCGCGAGCAAGAGAUCGAAGAGGUGGCGGAUGCGCCCGAAGAAGUUGAAGACGCAUACGCAGACGAUCAAGACGAGUACAACAACGAAUACGAAGAAGACGACGCUCCUGCUGUCCCUAAAAGCUCUCCAUCUGAAGAAGACAAACCCACUCCACAAGCCGAAGCUUCCGCUGACGAGUACGAAGACGACAACGAAGAAGAAUACGCCGACGAUGAGAUCGAAGAUAAUUCUCCUCCCAAACCUGCUCCAAAAGCGCCAGCCAACAAAUCGGACGAUGAAAUGGAGGAGGAACUGGGCUACGAAUCGGAUGAGGCAUACGCCGACUCGGACGGCUAGAUUUUCUCGUCUGACAGUACUUAAAGUAUUUAUUUAUCUACCGAGAAGUCCCUUUUGCCGCCGGUUUUCUCAACUAGACGCGUGCUUUCGAUCACAAUCUCGUGACUCAGAGCCUUGCACAUGUCGUAGACACAGAGGGCGGCUAUAGAUGCACCUGUAAGCGCCUCCAUCUCCACUCCAGUCUUGUGUGUGACCUUCACUUGGCAUUCAACAUCGAUAGCGUCCGGUCCUGUGACCUUCAGACGCACUUGACAGUCGUCCAGAGGCAGCGGAUGGCAGAACGGGAUGAGUGAGCUCGUCUGUUUGGCGCCUAGGACUCCGGCGAUCACUGCGGUGGAAGCAAUGGGGCCUUUGGGACCCAUUAACUGGUCGUCUCCGAGCUUCUGCAGCUCUGCAAGAACUGACGGAGGCAGGCGGAUUGUCGAGCGAGCAGUGGCAGACCGACGCGUGACUUUCUUGGACCCCACGUCCACCAUAUGAGGGGACGUGCCGUCACGGCUCACAUGCGUGAACUUCCAUGCGUCAUCUGCAGCGCUGGAGAAGGAGCGACGAAGUAGGCGCAACCGCGCAGCGCGUACCAGCAUGUUCGGCUCGGUUUAUCAAUUAAGGGCUAGAUAUUUAAUUUAUGAAUACAUAUCUGUAAAUUUACAUCCUUUGACGUUAUUAUUCGCUAUUUGGAGA